CGCAAAAAUGAUGUCAUCACGUAGCGACCGUACAUCGUGCGUACGUAAACAUUUGUCUGUCAGAUCGCGCGGGUUUAUAUAAACGUGGCUGUCAUGGCGUCCAGGUUGGAGCGGUUUGUAAGCCCGGGCAAAGGUAACGGCCUGCGGUCGACUACAGGCAUUAAAGGUGGCCAGUUGAUCUUCUCCUGCGAACCCCUGGCAAGCUGCGUGUCCAACAAAGUGGCCAAAAAUGUCUGUCAUCGCUGUUUUGCACGGCAUGAGACUUUGCUGAGGUGCUCUCAGUGCAAGAUGGCGCGAUAUUGCAACAUCACUUGCCAGAAACAAGCAUGGUCUGACCAUAAAAGGGAGUGCAAAUCUCUGCAACAUCUCCUUCCCAGAAUUCCCACCGACUCUGUCCGAUUGGCCGCAAGGGUCAUUUUCGCCCUGUUAACUCCAGUAAAGAGCAGCAAUGAGGAGUUCUACACUUUAGAUGAACACGAAUCACAUCUGACCUCCAUGUCUGAGCAGAAGAAACAAGGCUUAUCUCAGCUUGCAUCCAUGCUGGAGUUGUACCUGCAACAGGAAGUGCCUGACCUUGCACAGGAAAUGACAUCGACCCUACCGCAGUCCUGCCGACAACCUCUGGACUUGAUUGCAAAGCUGACGUGUAAUUGUUUCACCAUCAGUGACGGAGAGCUGCAAGAGAUUGGAGUUGGUCUGUAUCCGAGUUUAUCGCUCCUGAACCACGACUGCAGGCCAAACUGUGUGAUGGUGUUUGAAGGAGCAAAGCUUCACCUCAGAGCCGUUCAGGAUAUCAAACCUGGAGAAGAGCUAACUAUCAGCUAUAUAGGGACGUUGUCAUUGACUGAAGAACGUCAGAAACAGAUGGAGGACCAGUACCAUUUCACGUGCCACUGCCAGAAAUGUGACUCUCGAGACACGGACUGCCUCAUGUUGGCAGGUGAGAAGGAAAGAUGGCACCAGUUGAAAGAGGCAUUACCUAAACUGGAAGAACUAAAGACAGUCUCAGAUUGGCAAACCCUCCUAGACAGUUGUACACAUUUGUUAUCAACUGUUGGUGCUGAUGUGCCUGAUGAAAACGUCUACAAACUCCAGUUGACCGACAUGGCCCUAGAUUCCUCCAUUCACCUCGGCCACUGGGAGGUGGCUGUUAGAUACGGGGAGAGGACACUUCCAAUUUACAGACAAUACUACACUGAUCCCCAUCCUGUACACGGAGUCCAGCUGAUGAGAGUAGCAAAGCUGCAACAUUAUUUGGAGCGCAUUAAGGAUGCUUUGGAAACAUUCAAACAGGCCUUUGCAAUCCUACAGAUCACCCACGGUAUUGAUCACCCUUUGGUGGCUGACUUGUUGGUCAAGAUGGAAGAAUGUCGCUUUGAGAUGGAUCGGUAACGUUGAUGCGACAACAGAGACAAUAAAAUUCCAACAUAACGUGAAAAGUGGUGAUUUAAAGCAGGGUUUUCCAAAUGGUGGGAACGUGGGAUCCACAUUUUCAAAGGACCCACUUUUAUUUCACUCAAAUUAAGCAAAUGCAAGUGUUUUAAAUAAAUUCACUAUUUCAUCUUAUUAGACAUAACUGCAUACAUACAAAUAUUAAAAGAUAUUUCACUUAUGAAUGUGCAAAGAGUACUGUAUGUAUAUGUAUAUGGAAGUGGUAGAUGACUUCAAUAUUGCUCUUUUACUUUAAAAAAAAAACAAUCUAGAUAGAACUCAGUUGUAUGUAUAAAAUGACUUAGUGAUAAAAUGAAGAAUUACUUUUAAUGUACCAUCAUUUUUUUUACCCACACAGAAUGGAUCUGCAACCCACUUGUGGGUCCCGAAUUGAGAAUCACGGAUUUAAAGCACCUAUUUUGGUGUGAUAUCAUACGGACAAUACACUUCCUUCUGUGUGUGUGUGUUUUAAGGAUCAUGUCUGCUUUAGAUACCAUUGCGGUGAAUGUAUCCAGUGUGUGUGUGUGUGUUUGUUUGUGUUGCAAAUCUUCCAUCUCUCACACACACACACUUCCCAUGUUAAUCCCUGUUUUUGUGGCUUCUUCUGUCAGUGUGUGUUAAGCCUGUAGAUUGUCUGUGAUGGAGUGCGGUAAUACUUCUGUCACACACACACACACACACACACACACUUGGACACCUCUUUGUAAGAAAGGGAUGACAACAUUUCCUCUGGGAGGGAAAAUUGUGUGUUUAUAGGUUAUGUGAGGAUUACGCUGACAUCAUGUUUGUUUUAACAUUACAAAUAAAAGGUUUUGCUUGUCUGGCACUUCCUCACUACACAUGUUCUCUACAUGUAAAGAAAAAAAAUCAGAUGUGAAUACAUGUUACUUCAACAUGGUUAUUUGUCUUGUGUACCAGUGUUCCCCAACCUUUUAUGUCUUGUGUACCCACAUAAUGUUUUUGUGAUACGACAGUACCCCCUCAUUGUUGAUAAUGCAAAGGGGAUUGGAUUGCAACUGUUAUGAUUUUGGCACAGCUCUGCCACAGGUUAUUAUCUCCCUGGGAAAGCCAGUUGUAGCACACACAUUACAUUUAAUUGUCUGGCAUAAUUUGAAAA